GCGAGGAGGGAGGAGGGUUUGGUGCACUGCUGAGGAGGCUCGAGGUCGGAUCUACUGCAUAUUCUGGGACAAAACCGAGCCGUUCUGCUGUUAUUUCCCAGCAGCUCCAUCAUGAACGGCGUCUUUAGUUAGAGCCUCCCUUCAUGUGACCUCUGAGAAAAUCUCCGAACACCGAGUUUACAGCAGAAAAUGGAUUUAGCUCGACUUCAUCCCGUUUCCCUGUUUGCCGUGUGGAUAACAGUUUCUACGGCCCUGGUGGAGCCACCGGUGAACGUGACCCUUCACUGCCACAAUCUCACCAACAUCCUGAAGUGGGAUUACAACCAACUCACCCCAGGGGUUACAUUCAGAGUGGAUAUCAAACCAUAUGUCGGAGUUGCUGAACAACUUUUGGUUGAGCCACCAGAUCUACAAGUUGAACUACCACCUCUCACAGAUCCAUCAAUAGAAUUCUACGUCACUGUAACGGCUCUAAUGGGUGAGGAGAAGUCUGAACCCGACCCUUCAGAAGAUGGAAUAACUUUCAGUUAUUUCAAAGACUCCUCCGCGAAUCAGAAAUGUUUUGUGGACCUCCCGUCAGUGAACGUCACCACCCAGCCACAUGACCAGGUCCAGUUCAGCUUCGAGCAUCCCUGGCUGCUCUACAAGAAAAAGCUACGUGAUGGUGGGCAAUCCAAAUUUAAAAAGAGGAGACGCCAUGACGCACAGAGCAGCGAACAACUACCUCUUUUUAUUUAUGAAGUUAUGGUCAUCAACCAGGGGAAGCCGCCACAUAGCUACGAUUGUGAGGAGAGAGUGUGUACGAGCACGCUGCCCGUUGAUGCUGCAAAGAAAAAACACUGUCUGAAGAUCAACGGAGAGAUGAAUCUAAUGUCCGUCCAAUCCAACCAGGAGUACUGCGCCCAGGCAGGAGAGGCGCCAUCUUAUAGUAGACAUGAUUACAUUUACGUUAUCGUCAGCGUGCUGGUUCUGAUUCCACUUGCUGCUGUUGGCUUCAUGGUUUACCGCAAAAAAACCCGUCCUCCAUCUUCUAUACCCACCCCCCUGUCGUUCAACAGGUCGUUGCCAAAUCAGACCAUGAGACCAUUUCAUGAAUAUCCUGACAGCAUUCAGGAGGUGCUGCCUGCUUCACCCACACCGCUGCUGACACCCACAGCAGAGCAGGAUGGGAGAGGAUUCACCGCUGUUGCUCCGUACGAUGACAUGCGAUUUCCCAUCGGGAUGACGCCUGAGGACAACGAAGGUGUGUCCGAUGUCACAGAACAAGGGGAACCGAACGUUGAAGGUUCCGAGUACAUGGGAGGCGGGCACCUGGAAGAACCCGAUGCAGGUCGAUCCGCCUAUGAGAGCCGUAGUCCAGUGACGGUUGAGUUGUCACCAGGAGAGACAGCCGAGGGCUACCGAGCCUGAAGGAGGAGCUGCUUCCCUCUAACAAUCAGCACAUUUAGUGUUUGACAUGAGGUCAAACGAGGCAGACCAUAGAGGAGUCGUGGCUGCAAAAUUCGCUUUCUGUUAUUUCCUUAUCAGUGCCGAGAUAAAGGCCAACCGCGUUCUUGUGUUACAUUCUGCUCUGUGUUAGCAUGCUAACGAAAGGCAACAAGAAGCUUUUGUGAAAUUAAGUCUAAUAAAAUUGCACCUUUUUGGUAAACUAACAGCUGUACGGUGAACAAGGUCACCUGAUUACUAAAACCACAUCAGUAGAGAUAUGAAAGAACUACUGGAAAAACACGACAUUCCUUCACUGGUUGUGUUGACUUUAACAUCUCAGACUGUCUCAUCAAUCGGAGUUACUUUCAAGCCCUUUGGUUUGUCGCAAACUUUUGUGUUUGUAUGAAAUGCAGACCACUUUUGUUUAACUAUUUAUUUUUGCAUAAGUGAGGUCAUUUCAGUUUCUAAAUCCCCGGGUAGUGCGCUAGUCCGGGUAUUAUUUUAUACCCUCCAGGAGGAACAAAGACAGAAGUGUUGAACUAGGUCUACUCAGCAUUAUGUGCCAUUAUAAUGAAAGCCAGAAUCAAAGGUUGCCAAGUAGCCAGCGCUUGUCUUCAAUGUUUUAAUACUUAAAGGAUCUGUGGCUCCGCUUGUGACGGUUCUUAUCCCUAUCAGUUUGAGCCGGUUUGUCUCGAUGAGGCGUUAGCAGUGAAAUGAUCCUCGACAGAAGAGAACACAGUGAAGCUGAGGGAGUUCACUGGAUGAGACGAGGCGUGACUUCCUGUAGGAGGUGGUGUUUUGCUGAUUUAUCUUGUGAAGUCAGAUUUAAGACUGAAAAACAAUUCAAUAUCAUGUACAAUAAUUUGUUUAGAAUUAUAGACCAAUAGCAACAUUUACAAAUGGUUUAAUCUUUCUGUAACUCAGUGACAUCUGCUUCUGUUGCACACAAGCAUUACUAUGUUGCUCUGAACCGGGUAGUCGUUUUACUGUAACACUGUGGAAUAGUGUCCUUUGAUUGUCCUUGUAAUCACUUGCACUAUCUUUUUCUGUCUAAUUGGGAUGCUUUAGUUUCUAGUUAGGCUGGCAGCACCUUAAAGUCGCAGUGAACCAGAAGUUAGCGCACCUUUAGCUUCAGUAAUGUGACUUUUUUAUGUGUGAAAUGCAAUGUGUGUAUAGUUUUAGAAGGAUUCAUUAAAGUUCUUCUGAUUUCAUUUGAUUAGAUUUUCCCUCCUUAUCAGGUUUGAGUUUAGGAUAAAGAGCCAAAUGAGAAAGUAAUGAAUCCUUUGGAAGUCAAACUUCAAAUGUGCACUUAAUUUAUUUUUAAUCAGGGUUUUUGGCACCAGAGGCUCUCUUUUGUAAUUUGUUGGAGUUGGUUAGUGCCUUGUCUCUGUGCCAUUUGUAGUGCUCAUCUGGUGUUUUGGUUUUAAUUAAAUGUAUUUAGUUUGAUGCGUUUUGUGAUGGAGCCCAGAACACUUGCAGUGCAGAAUCGAAUCAUUCAGUUCAUCUGAAGCAACAACAUGGACAUUAUUUUGAAAUGAUGCCAGUUAGGUUACAGAAAAGUGCUCCCCCCCCUUUGUUCCACCAAUUUCAAAUGGAAAAUGACUGGUUGAAUUAAGAGUGAUUGUGUGUGUGUCUAUGUAUAAAAUUUAAACUUUAUCAUACACACACACAUAUAUCCUCCUGAGAACUGAGGGAAAAAGUAUCUUUCAAUCUACUUUUUUGUGGAUUUCCUGCCUUUUUGGAGCUAAAACAACUCAAUAUAAAAAUAUGUUUAUUUUUGAUUUUACAGCAUGUCCACUGUAGAGGACAACAGAACAAAAAAAAAAAAAAAAAAACAGCGACACUUCGAAAUCAAAAUAGGCUGACAAGAAAACAAGAAUGUCAAUCCAUUUUCUAAUGAAACUUUAACCCUCCUGUUACGUUGCAAAUGGGUGAAAUUGACCCGUUUUAAAGUUUAAAAAAACAAACAAAAAAAAACUUUCUCAAUCAGAAAUUGUUAAAAUAACUUUUCAGUAUGAAACUUGUUCUGCUCAGGUUGAUAAGUGUAAACAAUAUAUAAAAUAAAAAUUGUUCUUUUCACAUAUUUGCAAACCCACCCUGAACAGAAGAGUUGUCUUGUGUUAAUUUAUCACCUCCAUGAAAAGAAAAAAAUUCAAAAUGUGACAUAAAAUGUACAAAAAAUCUGUCACGUUAAACUACUGUAUUUUACAUGUAGGUCUUUCCAAUGUACAUUAAAAAGCUUCAGUAUAUAUAAAAUUAUAAUAUAAAAAGCUUUUUUCUACCAAAAAAUGUUGAAAAUAUGGACAGAAGUUUCACUGAGAAAAUAUCUUUUUCCCACAUUUUCAAACUUUAAAAUGGGUCAGUUUGACCCGCAGGACGACACGAGGGUUAAUAGGGUAGUCAAAUGAGUCAAAAGAUAACAAAAUGUCCACUCCAGAGGACAUAAAUGAAUGGGCCAGGUCUCAGGAGGAUUUAUAUAUAUGUGUGUGUAUAAUAAAUAUAAAUAUAUAUAUAUAUAGUGUAUAAUAUGUGUAUGUAUAAUGUUUAAAUAUGUGAUUUGAUGCAGCUACCUGAUUUAUCCCCAAGCACUUCUUUUCUUAAUUUUUUCACUAUAUAUGGUGGUGUUCUGUACAUCUAUAUAAUUCAUAUAAUAUUCACUCUUCCGCCAGCAAAUUACAUUCUGUUUUCAAAAACAACAAAAAAUAAAAAAAACAUCUGUGAA